UGGGUUUUAAUUAAAAAUUAACAUCGUUGCUGGUCGGCGGUGGUUAUUAGCUUUCGGUGAAGAGUUCAUCAUCCUCCCCCAUUCAAUUCGCUUCCGCGUCGUAAUUUCAAAUGCUGGCAAUCUCGCUUCAUCAGGAAAUUGUUGAGCUAACGCUAAUGGUAUUGCUUAGCCUCUCCAAACAAAUCCAAUUGGGCUGAUACAAGAACAAUUCCAACCCAACCAAAAUUUGAUUUCACGGAGAUUUUAUGCAAAUGGGUCCCCACUUGUAUAAUUGGCUCCCACAAAUUUCCAUGAUCAAGAUUUUGACUGCUUACCAAGUCAUAAAAAUGAAGGGUUGUGAUCAUUUUGAUCCCAACUUCAAAACCAAAUGACCCCACAUAAAACAAUUGAAAAUUCUCUACAAUUUCCAAAUUGUCACUUUCACAUUAUGAAUUCUAAUCUCUAAUUGGUCCCAUCCCUAAUUACUUGUUUUACAUGAAAGCAAACAAACUAUUUGAUUUUCAAAUAAAACCACCUUUUUGCGGUUUCCCUCACUCUCAGAUCUCACCUUUUGCACCUUUGCCAUUCACAUGCUGCCUUCUCCUCAACAAAACACUAUCAAUAAGCUUUAUUUUGGCUUAGCUCUCACUCCAUCUCUACCUCUCUCUCUGAAUUAUAAGAAUUCUUCCUAUCUGUGGCUGCAUUUCAGUCUCCUUCUUCUUCCAUCAACGUCAAGUUCCCUCCUUUACACGAGUAUCUCACCUGUCCCUGCAAAAAACGAAUCUCUUUCUCUCUCAAUACGAUGAGCACACAGGCACCCAAAUUGGGGAAACCCUCAAAACUCCCAAACCAAAACCAACCCAACUCAAGAUCCUCCUCUCUUUCUACUCACUUAGCCAUGGUAGAACUCAAGCAACGAAUCAUUACCUCCCUCUCUAAGCUUGCCGACCGUGACACCCAUCAGAUCGCCAUCGAAGACCUUCACUCCAUUACCCAAUCUAUCUCACCUGAAGCGCUCCCUAUGCUCCUCAACUCCCUUUACGAUUCCCUUUCCGACUCCUCCAACGCCAAACCAUCCGUCAAGAAAGAAUCUUUGCAUUUGCUUUCUUUGACUUGCCAAUCUCAUCGCGAUUUGACAUUGCCCCACUUGACGAAAAUUAUUGCCCACAUUGUUAAGAGACUGAAGGAUUCUGAUUCAAGUGUUAAGGAUGCGUGUAGUGAUGCUAUUGGGGUUUUGUCACGGUUGUAUUUGAAGAGUGGUGGUGGUGGUGGUGGUGGUGGAGAGGGAGGUGGAGAUAGUAAUGGCGUGGGAUCUCUGGUGGGCUUGUUUGUUAGGCCGCUGUUUGAGGCCAUGGGAGAGCAGAACAAAGGUGUUCAAUCAGGUGCGGCAGUGUGUAUGGCGAAAAUGGUGGAUUGCGCAGCUAUGGAAGCGGACAAUGCUGACGGCAAUUCUGGCGGUGGUAAUGUGCCGAUUGGGGCGUUCCAGAAGUUGUGUCCAAGGAUUUGUAAGUUGUUGAAUGGGCAAAAUUUCCAGGCGAAAGCUGCUUUAUUGGGGGUUCUGACGAGUUUGGCGCAGGUGGGGGCAAUUGCACCACAGGGGUUGGAGCCAUUGCUGCAAAGUAUUCAUGACUGCCUUGGGAGUGCAGACUGGGCAACACGUAAGGCUGCAGCUGAUGCUCUAAGAGCGUUAGCAUUGCAUUCAAGCAGCUUAAUUACUGAUGGAGCUGCUAAUUCCACGCUGACAGUGCUUGAGGCUUCCCGAUUUGACAAGAUAAAGCCUGUCAGAGAUAGCAUGACAGAGGCAUUGCAAUUAUGGAAGAAGAUUGCAGGGAAAGCAGAAGAUGGCGUUUUGGAUGAUAAAAAAGCUUCCUCUCGUGAUGGUCACCAUCCUGAAGAAGCUGAGUUGUCAGAUAAGAUUCCAAAUCCUAGUGGCCAGAAAACAGAAUCAUUGGUGAGGGAUUCAUCCAGUGGUUCUUCUCCAAGUAUGGAUUCUGUUUCAAAAAGUAAAGCUGGAAGCAUUCCUGACAAAGCGGUUGUAAUAUUGAAGAAGAAAGCACCUGCUUUGACAGACAAAGACUUAAAUCCAGAAUUCUUCCAGAAACUUGAAAGAAGGGGUUCUGGUGAUCUGCCUGUAGAAGUUGUGGUUCCUCGUAGAUGUAUCAAUUCCUCAAAUUUGAACAAUGAGGAACAAUCAGAGCCAAAUGAUUCUGAAUCAAUGGGAAGGUCAAAUCACAUGGGAAAUAGCCAAUCAGAUGAUGUCCAUGGAUCUUUCAAUAAUAAGAACCGUGGCAUUGAGAGAGGAAUUGCUGGGAAAGAUUCAAGAACUAGAGCAUUUGAUGAUGACAGGCUUGAUGUAAAUCACAGGGAAUCAUCUGGUAGUCGUGCAGGUUUCUCUAAAUCUGAUGGCCAAUCUGAAGGAACAUUCAUGAAUAGUAAAGGAAAUUGGUUGGCUAUACAGAGGCAGCUUUUGCAGUUGGAGAGACAACAAGCUCAUCUCAUGAAUAUGCUGCAGGAUUUUAUGGGUGGGUCUCACGAUAGCAUGGUAACUUUGGAAAACAGAGUUAGGGGGCUUGAGAGAAUAGUUGAAGACAUGGCACAUGAUUUGUCAAUAUCAUCAGGUCGAAGAGGUAGUAAUUUUCCUAUAGGUUUUGAGGGAUCUUCUAAUAGACCUUUAGGAAAGUACAAUGGCUUCUCUGACUACUCCAGUGGCAAGUAUAAUGUGCGAGUUCCUUUUGGGGAAAGAUUUACCCAAUCUGAUGUUACUGCUUCAGGCAUGAGAGGAAGGGGCCUUCAUUGGAGAUCAGAUAUUUCUGAUGUUUGGGAUUUUCCUGCUUAUGGUGCCUCCAGAAAUGGUCGGGUUAACUCAAGGAGAGCUCCAGGUAGUGGUUCUCUGGAUGUUAGAUCCCCCAAAUCAGAACCUGAAAGUGAUCAGGUUGGCAGCCGGAGAGCCUGGGAUAAAGGUGCUGGACCUGUUAGGCUUGGUGAGGGGCCUUCUGCUCGAAGUGUUUGGCAAGCCUCUAAGGAUGAAGCUACCUUGGAAGCCAUUCGGGUUGCUGGGGAGGACAAUGGUAUAUCUCGAACUGCAAGAGUAGCCAUCCCAGAAUUGACAGCAGAAGCUCUGGAAGAUGAUAAUGGUGGACAAGAGCGGGAUCCUAUUUGGACGUCUUGGAGUAAUGCAAUGGAUGCCCUUAAAAUGGGUGAUAUGGAUACAGCUUAUGCUGAAGUUGUAUCUACAGGGGAUGAUUUCCUGCUUGUGAAGCUUAUGGACAGAUCAGGACCUGUGGCUGACCAACUUUCGAAUGAGACAGCAUGUGAGGUCUUGCAUGCUGUUACACAGUUUCUAAUGGAGCAGAACUUGUUUGACGUCUGUUUGUCUUGGAUUCAGCAGUUGGUAGAAUUAGUGUUGGAAAACGGACCUGAUACCCUGGGCAUUCCAAUGGAAUUGAAGAAGGAGCUUCUAUUGAAUUUACAUGAAGCUUCUACAGAAAUUGAUCCACCAGAAGACUGGGAAGGGGUAACACCUGAUCAACUCUUGAUGCAGUUGGCAUCAGCCUGGGGAAUUGAACUGCAACAGUUUGACAAGUAGUCACUUGACUGCCUUUUGGUGUUAUUAUGAAUUUUGUGCAAACAUUUUACAAUUAAAAUGUAAAUGAACAGAAAAGUUUUGAACAAAUUUGCAAGCUGGCAUUGUGCAUUAAUAUUAGGAUUUAGUGAAGAUGGAAUUUAUACUUUCAACUAGGAACAGGUUUACACCGGUUGGAGGUCAUGCAAGCUGUUUGGUUAAUUGUUCAGUUAAGUGCCAUUAUUUUCA